AUGGCGCCGUCGCACAGCGAGGGGCAAGACAGGCUGAGCGCUCUCCCCGACAAUGUGCUGCAGCGCGUCCUCUACCACCUCCGGUCCGACGAGGCCGUGCGCACGGGCGCGCUCUCCCGGCGAUGGCGCGACGUCCACGAGGCCGUCCCCGUUGUCGACCUCGUCGACACCAAGACGGGCGACCGGAACUACGGGAGACUCAAGCUCGACCAGUGGAUCGCCUCCGCCGUCACCUCCGGCGUGGAGGACCUCGACGUCAAGCUCAGAUACAAGGGUAGUAACUGGGGACCCCCCACGCAGCCGCUCUGCCCAUUACGCGAAUAUGAGCGAAGCGACAGUAAGAUGUACGCCAAGACUCAGCGGCUGAUCUUCCGCUGCCGCACGCUCCGCCGCCUGCGCCUGACGAGCUGGACGCUGGACCUGCCGGGGAGCGUGGACAUGGCGUCGCUGGACACGCUCUGCCUCGGGAGGAUCGUCGACGGAGGCGGGAUGCUGCAGCGGCUGCUCUCGAGCUGCCCGCGCCUUGCCAGCCUGACGCUGGAGGAGUGCCAGAGCAUCAAGGAGAUCACGGUGGCCAGCCCCUACCUGCGCAGCUUCGCCAUGAUCUGCUGCCACAAUGCCACGGGCGUCGAGCUGCACACCACCUGCCUGAACUCGCUGCACUACAGAGGCGGCCUCCCUCCUCGCGGGCCGUCCUUUAUCACGGUCCCAAACUUCUUGGCAGUCGCGGCGCUGAGGAUUGGAAUCUGCGAAGACCUCUCCAGCAAAGGACCGUCGGAAGUCGCUCCAGUGACGACGCUCAUCAGCAGGUGCAGACGCCUGAGAUAUCUUGAACUUUCCUUGCACCCAUCAAUGGCCUACUACAGCAGCCUGCUCACAAGCGUCUUGCGUGGACUAGACAACCUCACAGAGCUGAGCCUCCAGGGCAGAUUACCCACUGAUCAUGCUGUCCGGUCUGUCGCCGCCUUGCUUCUCAACGCCAAGAACCUGCAAGUGCUGUCGCUGUUCCUUCUGGGUCCAUAUGAUCGGAUGGCAUACGAUUUGUCUGAUGCUGAAUCAGAGACUGAUCUGUCGGACACCAAUUCAGAUGGCGAAUAUGGUACCUAUCCAGAUGGCGAAAUAGAUGCCGUUCCAGAUGGCAAAACAGAUGCCGAUAUGGAUGACGAAACAUAUACCGAUCAAGAUGCUGAUCCAGAUGCUGAAACAGAGACCGAGUCAGGUGGCGAAUCAGAGAUCGAGCCAGAUAACGAGGCAGAUGGUGAACCAGAGACUGAGCCAGAUGGCGAACGAGAUAUGGAGCCCAAGGACAAUGCCAUCAACAAUGGCGUCAAGGAUAGUACCGGGAUACCCCCCAGUCUGUGGCAUAUGGACGUCAGGUGCUUGGAUCGCAGUCUGAGAAGAAUCAAUAUUGCCAACUACAGAGGACUGCCUCUCGAAAAGAUGCUUGCGAAGUUUCUGCUUUCCAAGGCUGCAGUGUUGGAGGAAUUCUCAGUUACGUUAGCAGCUUGGCUUGAACCACGGGAGGAUAAUAAACUAGCAAAGGAGCUAACAUCCUGGCUAUGUGUAGGCCGUACCAGAGUAACUUGUAUCUAUUCAAAGAAAAAAAAAAGGAGUAACUUUUAA